GCGUUCUCCUACCAGGAAGUACCGUGGUAGCGUGAGUUUGUUUGUUGUUUUAUUUUUCUUCUUCUUCUUCUUGGAAAUAUUCGUCAGAGGAGAGGAUAUUUUAUUUAUUUAUUUUACAAUACUCGAGUUCUUCAACAGCUAAUCUUUUGAACCAAUGUCCGGCUUCGAGCUGAUCCCGUUGCACGGCGGGGACGCCAUCCGCCUUCCCACUGGAGAGAGCGUUGUGGGCCGUGGUCCUUUCCUCCGAGUGAGUGACAAGAGAGUGUCCAGACAUCACGGCCUGCUGGACAACCAAGAUGGACGACUGCGCCUCAAACCGACACACUUGAACCCAUGCUUCCUGCAGUCGUCCCUCGCUGACGACCCUCGACCCCUGCAGAAAGACGCGUGGUGCCCCCUUGACCACGGAGACAUCUUCUCACUGCUACCAGGACAGCUCAUGUUUCGAGUGGCGGAGGUGGGCGGACGAGCGUUAAUCAGCCCCCUCAGAGCAAGUGCCAUGCGUGAGGGCAAUGCAAAUCCUGUUUCACCCCGGAGAAUCUCCCCCUCUUCUCCUGGUUGUCAUGGCGACGAGUCAGCGGCGCCCAACCAGGAGGCGACGUUAGCAGGAGAGGCUCUAAAAGAGAAAGUGCUUGUGGGCAGACAUGCAGCAGCGUCGCCUUCACCUCGCAAGAAACGAAUUUUACCUCCGUGGAUGAUGGCGGCCGUUAACUCGUCCAGCGCUACCCCGAGCCGCCAAGGCGCCAAGAAAAGCCGACAGACCGGCGACGACAAGAAGACAAAAGACAAGAGGAUGAGGAAAGGAGACGGACGUGCAGACGUCGCGUCAUCGCACGAGCAUCUCGCCAACGUGGAAGAGGACAACGGGCAACUGCGGGAAGUUGACGGGGUCGCCAUGGAGAUGGAGGAGGAGGGCCAACCCGGGAAGUGUGAUGUCAUUCCGAGGACGCAACAAAACACAAGUGCAAAAGCCAAAGAAAAAGACAAGCCCCCUUCCAGAUUGCGAACUCCCUGCCCCUACGGAAAAGACUGCUACAGGAAAAACCCUCUCCACUUCCAGGAGUGCAGCCAUCCGGGAGACUCCGACUAUGAGGAGGAAGAGGACGAAGAGCGACCCGAGUGUCCCUACGGGGUCGACUGCUACAGGAAGAAUCCUCUUCAUCGCAAACAAUAUAAACACACGAAGAGCGCAGCUCGCAGCAGGCGGGCCGCCACCAAGGCGAGGGCAGCGUCCGGCGCGGACUCGGAUUCGGACUCCGGCGACAGCUUCAUCAACGACAACAGCGACGACGUCGAUGCCGACUCCGACUACGCCCCUCCGGCUGACUCGGACUGAUUCCCGUCGCCUGACUCUGACUAGGAUGAGGGUGUGAAACAACCGCGGAGAGCAAACCUGGACCUUCAUGAAAGUCAGCAAGUAAACCUGGUGCAAAAUGGGACACCAGAGCUACCGUCAACACUUUUUUGCAGUGUUUAAUGCGCCACCCACAUGUGGGUCACUGGUCUUCAGACUGCUUCUCAACAUAGUUUUGACACCUGAAUGAGUCAAUGGAUGUGUUUACUCCAAAAGAGUCAACAGAUACUUUUUUUUUUUUUUUUUUUUACUCCAAAAGAAUCAACUGAUACUCUGAAAAAUUGUACACAAAAGAGUCAAAAUGUAUCUUUAAUCAGCAAGGGUCCAUAAAUGCUUUUAGUCUGAAAAACAACUGAUUCGUUUUUGCCCAAAAAGAAUGAAUUGAUACUUUUAGUUUAAAAGACACAACAGAUUUUACUCU